GUUUACGUGUGCGCCUAAUGUCAAAGUGUAUAGGGUGUAUAGUAAUUAUGUAAAUACUGUAGUAAAUCAUAUAGUAAGUGUCUCUGGGUCUCUGGCCCUCGUGGUCCUGUAAAUACAUUUAUCUCCAAGAAUUUAUUGUAAAGAAUAAAAAUUGUGGCCUUUUAUAAAAAAUGGCUUUAUCCCCUACUGUGAUUCACUUAUGCUUCGAUCAAGUUGUGAUAUUUUAAGUUCCGGUGAAAAUGGUGUUUUGGAGAAUUUUCCAAAUCAAAAUAAACAAAGUUGACAUUCCUGAUGAGAAUAAUAAUUUAUUUGAUUUGACUGAUUUCAGUCAGCAAGAAAAGGAUUUUGCAUUCGACAACUCUUUCACUGUGUGAAAGAGUGUUGCAAGAUGUUGCAACUUUAAGAAGUGACACUAGUGAAAUUGAUAGUAAGACGAAAGAAUUUUAUCAUCGAAAAAACUCUAAAUUAUAAUUAUACGAAGAUUUUAUUGAAAUGUUCAGGAAAGCUUCGCGCUAAACAUUUAUUUAAUCUGAAAGUUUCGGUGUGCUGUGGGGGAAACAAAACAAUUUUUUUGAAGUUCUGAUGUCAAAAACAUAGAAUAGUGAAAUAAACAAACAUGGCUACGUCGAGGAAAUUCAUUUCAUUGUACAGUGAAGACAAUUACAAAGAGUCUCAUGAUACUUUUUUAAAUAUUCAUAAUUAUGAAUUUGAAUGGACAAUUAAUAAUUUCGAGUUUGUUUGUAGAAAUAUAAGAGUAAUUAGAUCUGAGGUAUUUUCAACAAAGAAUUUUAAAGAUGGCAAGUGGAUAAUUGUGCUAGAACCUACAGAAUUAAUAGAAGACAACAACGAUUGCUUUAAAAUUCAUUUGUUGUUUUACGAUGCUAAAUUCAAAAUAGACAAAAAAUUAUUAAAUGCUCAAAUCUCAUUUCAAAGAAAAGUUGAUUCAAAAACAUUCCAGAAUGUGAAACUAUUUGACACUGAAAAUGCAUACCGAGGUGAAAAUAAAAUUUCUUGGACAACAAGUGGAUCAGACUUGCUUAAGGCCUUUAUCUACAGUGUUUCUUAUGCAGAUGCUAUUCCACAUAAUGUUAUAAUUAAAUGCAAGAUUAAUAUCGUUGCUUCUGGUACGACAAUAAGACAACUAUCGCUUAUUGAUAUUGAAAAAUGUAAUGGACUCGUGGAAAGUAAUAAAAAUUUUCUCGACAAUGACGAAUUCAAAGAUGUUACUUUUAAUGUUGAGAAUCAAAAAUUUACAGCUCAUAAAAUCUUUCUCGCCAGUCGAAGUCCUGUGUUUGCUGCAAUGUUCAAGAACAAAAUGUCUGAGGGACUAACAUCCAUUGUCGAAAUUGAUGACAUAAAACCAGCAAUUUUUCAAAAAAUGAUGAAUUUCAUCUACACAGAUCGAGUGGAGAAUCUAGAAGAAUCAGCAGUUGAAUUCCUAUACGUAGCGGAAAAAUAUCAACUGGAGAAACUUAAGUCUAUGUGCAUCAACAGUCUACAUGACAAUCUGUCUUUAACCACAGUUAGUAAGACUUUGGAGGUUGCCGAUUUGUAUUCAAUUGAAAACCUAAAGAAUGAAUGCUUUUAUUUUAUAUCUGAGAGAAAGUAUGACAUUAUUGAGACAAAGGAGUUUCAGGAAUUAAUGUUAACUCGUCCAAAUUUAUGGGUAGAAAUUUUAAAUACAAAAGAAACAGAAAAAAGCUCAAGUUUUAGAUAUAAAAGUUACGAAUUAAGGGGGAUUACUCAUAAGAAAAACAUUUUUCUUCAAAUUCUUUUUUCUUGCUUUUUGAAAAUCUUUAAUAUCUCUAUAGAAUAAAGGUUUUAAAAUUUUAUAACGAAAUUUAGCUCCUAUCAAAAGUUAUAGUACAUCACAGUACCGUCGUCAGAGUGUUUUUUAAAUCGGUUGCAGGGAUUCUGAGUAAACGCCUCAAAAUAAAAGUAUCGAUUUUGACGCCCUCUACAGCCUAACAUAAUAUAAAAAAUAUAAAUUUUUUUAUUGUUUUUAAUACUUUAAAUUAUCCUUUUUUUAUGCAAAAAGGCUUUUUAACUUUUAUAAUAAAAUAAGUGAGAAAAAAAAAUUUUGAAUUUUGACAUAUUUUGCACAUAUCUCAUGAGGGAACCCCCUUAAGAUAAACCUAUAACACUGCAAAAAGAAGCAUCUUAAAAUACAUUUUAGUCACUUUUAAAACAUUUUAUUUUUCCAACUUCCAUCUAUUAGAAAUUAAUGCAUUUUAAGAUGCUUUUGAUAACUUUUUGGAAACAACUUGAAAGUGACUACCAAAAUAUUUUAAAAUAAGAUACCUUCUUUUUACAGUGAAUAUUAUGAAACACUUUUCUCAAAUUACUUUAUGUUAAAAUAAUAAUAGUGUGAUCGACAUUUGUCUUUUAUACAAUAAAAGUCUUCGUAUAAUUAUAAAUGUAAUAAAAAUUAU